AUGUUAGAAUUUGCGGGUCUACACAUUGAUCCUCUUGUUAUUGGAGAAAAAAAUUCAAAAAUUCAAGGUCCAAACAUAAAGCGUAAAAACAAUUGCAUCGUUAACACCGGAGUCUUGGAAUCAAAACACGAAGAGCUUCGUCGACUACAACAAGAACUUGAAAAUGUUCAAGCACAAAUCGCCAAUAUAAGACGCAUACAACGUGGAGAGAUUCUGGAAACGGUUGAGUCAUCAAUUAAAGAAAGCGCGAAAACAGAUAACGGAAAACAACAAAGAUCAAGCCGCAGCAAUAAAAGGGCAAAGAGAAAGUGA